CAGCCGCCAUUUGUAAUCGCGAUUUAUACGGAAUUUGUGAUAUCAAUGCCAUAAAAGUAAUAAUUCACCUCAAAAUAACCAAUAUGUGGACAUAGAAGAAACCCUUUAGGUAGCUAAAGCGCGGUACCAUUUAUUCAUUUUAGGGGUAAAAUAUAAGGAAGCCUGUGAUAAAAGAAAUAAGAUGGAUAGUGAAUCAGCAAGCUGAAUCGAAAGAAAGAUGUCAGAAAAGAACGAGUAGUUCAAGUGCAGGCUUGGCUAGUUCAUUAAUUCCAAAUCGUGUGUCAUUGUUGUAAAAUUACCGAAUGCCAUGGUGUUCGUUCUCCGAUUGAUGGAAUGAUAUUUAUCCGGAUAUAGCAGUUCACAUUCUAAAGUGAAAGUGGUUUUCUAAAGCCCAUUCAUUAUUUUUGUGGCCAUGUCGGCCGAGGAAAGACUGAAGAAAUUAGAACGUCUUUAUCUUGGAGGUGUAACGAAUAGUGAUGGCAAUGCAUUGAGUAUAGAAACAUUAUUGGAUGUACUUAUUGUUAUUUAUGAUGAAUGUUCAAAUCCUACUCUUAGAAGAGAGAAAAAUAUCUCGGAUUUUGUAGAAUAUGCCAAAAAUAUAGUCAGUAAAGUCAAGCAAUACAGAUUAAAAAGAGAUGAUUUUGAGACGCUUAAAAUCAUUGGUAGGGGUGCUUUUGGGGAGGUGGCUGUGGUUAAAGAAAAGUCGACGGAAACUGUGUAUGCCAUGAAGAUACUAAAUAAAUGGGAAAUGUUAAAGAGAGCGGAGACGGCCUGUUUUAAAGAAGAACGGGAUGUGUUAGUGUAUGGUGAUAGAAGAUGGAUAACAAGUCUACAUUAUGCUUUUCAAGACCAAAACUUUCUGUAUCUUGUUAUGGAUUAUUACUGUGGAGGCGAUUUAUUGACAUUACUUAGUAAAUUUGAAGAUCGUCUACCAGAAGAUAUGGCCAAGUUUUAUAUCGCUGAAAUGGUCCUAGCUAUUAAUUCAUUACACAAAUUACGUUAUGUUCAUCGAGAUAUUAAACCUGAUAAUGUUCUACUAGACAGAAGCGGACAUAUUGUUUUAGCCGAUUUUGGAUCGUGUUUAAAAUUAAUGGAAGAUGGAACGGUUCAAUCAUCUGUAGCAGUUGGUACACCAGAUUAUAUCUCACCAGAAAUACUCAGGGCAAUGGAAGAUGGACAUGGUCGUUAUGGUCCUGAAUGUGAUUGGUGGUCGUUAGGUGUUUGUAUGUAUGAAAUGUUAUAUUCCGAGACACCUUUCUAUGCAGAAUCUUUGGUAGAAACAUAUGGUAAAAUCAUGAAUCAUAAAACACGGUUUGAAUUUCCUCAAGAUGUAGAUGACGUGUCUAAAGAAGCCCGAGAUCUGAUACAGAGGUUAAUAUGUGGUGCAGAUGUUAGAUUUGGUAAAAAUGGUUUAAAUGAUUUUAAGAACCACCCCUGGUUUACUGGUAUAAAUUGGGAUAGCAUACGUGACAUGGAAGCUCCGUAUAAACCUGAAGUAACAAGUAAUACUGAUACAUCUAAUUUUGAUGUCGAUGAUUCAGAUUUCAGACACACUGAUACUGUGCCCCCUGCCACUAGUACAGCGUUUAAAGGUCAUCAUUUACCGUUUAUAGGUUUUACUUUUACUAGAAACUGUAAAAUAUCAGAUUUAGAAUGUUUAGAAUCCACAUCAUCAACAAGUUCUGAUAAAAUCAGUACAUUGGCAGCUGAAGCUUACGAACGGCGAAUUAAAAACUUGGAACGGGAAAAUAAAGAAUUACAAAGAAAAAUAACAGACACAACAGCUACGAUACAGAAAUUACAAUGUCAUGAAGGUAAUGGUGUAGGAGCUGCUGCACCUGAGGAUUCCAGUAAUUUACAACUUAAAGAGGAUUUAGCUGUUUUACACAGAGUUGUAGCAGAAUCUCAGAAUGAAAUGACUAUGUUAGAACAAGAACUGAAACGAUCGAAAGAUACUAAAUCCGAAAAUGAAAGAAAAAUCAAAUUAUUUGAGGAAGAAAAGGUUGCUUUUGAAAAGGAAUUACAAGAUUGGCGUGAUAAAUAUCGUUCUCAGGCCCGGGAAUUAAAAGAAGCGUUAUCCAAACAAAAACUAGCCAUGGAUCAAUAUACCGAUACUAAUGAUGCCUUAUUGAAGAGUCAAAGUAAAGUAAAAGAGUUAAUGAGAGAAUUACGUAAUAAAGAGGAAGAAAUAGAAGACGCUAAAAGUAAACAAGAUGGUUUUAAAUUAGACAAACGAAAGGCUGAAAAAAGUAUUAUGGAAUUACAGAAUUCUAUAGAUGAAGCGAAGUCCGAGGCUGGUAAAGAGAAACGAUUACGUGAACGAGCGGAACAAUAUACUCAGGAUCUAGAACAGGAAAUGGAAAGUAUUAAACGUAAACAUAUGAGAGGACCUAACACUGCCAAUAAUCUAGAACUUACACAAGAAAUAACCAGGUUAAAAGCCGAGAUGGAGAAAAAGGAUGUUGAAAGUGAAGAAAAAUUAUCGCGAGCCACUGUGAAACACGCCACGGAAUUAAGUGAACUUAAAUAUCAAAUAAAAGAUCUAGAAUCUAAACGAACUGAAUUACAGCAAGAAAUAAAUAACUUAAAGUCAAAGGUCAGUCGUGCGAACGCGGAGGAAAUGCGAGAUGAGUUGGCUAAAUUACGACAACAGAAAGAUUUAUUAGAUCAGAAAUAUAAAGGACGAGCCGAUGAAAAUGAGAGACUCAUGGAUGAACUUAAUUCGGCCCAGAAUAAACUGGCAGCAUCUGAGAAUGAGAGAAGACAGAUGGAAGAUGAACUUCGUGAGAAUUACGAUAAACAAGAAUCUGUCGCCCAAUGGGAGGCUCAAAUAUCAGAAAUUAUUAAAUGGGUGAGUGAUGAGAAAGAUGCUCGUGGUUAUUUACAAGCUCUAGCUACCAAGAUGACAGAAGAAUUAGAGAAUCUAAAAGUUAUAGGUGUUUCUGGAGAAGAACCGGGUCGACAACGCUGGCGUAACAGACGAUCUCAGAGAUUAGAUAAAAUGGAGUUAUUAAACCUUCAGUCUAGUUUAAAUAGUGAAAUACAGGCCAAACAACAAAUCAUGGAAGAACUUACACGAGUUAAAGAAGAAUUAGCCAAGGCUGACAGUUCUAUUCAAGAGAAAGAUCGGUAUAUCAGUACGUUACGGGGAGAUGUUGAUAAUUUAAAGUUUCAAUGUCAAGGCAUGGAAGAACGAACAAAUAUAGAAAACUUGGAAGUGGUCAAACGUUACCUCAGGGAAAGAAGUUAUGGUGAAAAUUCAUCCAUUUUCAAAUUUAUGAACGAACAAUUUCAGAUCUUUAAUUCGCAAUCAUCAUUAGAUAGUGAACGUGAAGAAGAUAGCGAGGAUGCUGCAUCCAGAACAGAUUCUCGAACCGAUUCCAGAACAGAUUUACAGACAGGUGGAACACCUCUGGGUACUCCUGAAUCAACGUUUAGUCGGGAAACAUCACAGCAGCCAUUGACAGAUCAAGCUUACGAUAACACAAACGAUACCUCAUCUUCCUGGAAUCAGAAUAAUUCAGGUGGUAAAAUGUCUCCACAAAGGCAAGAUGGCCACAGAUAUAUCAUUAAAAAUUUCCAAUCACCGUAUAAAUGUAACCUGUGUACGUCGUUACUAGUGGGUACGUGGAGACAAGGUGUAACAUGUGCUACCUGUGGUUUUACCUGUCAUACGUCUUGUGUUGAGAAAGCACCUGCUCAGUGUAAAGUACCAGCAGAUGUAGCUAAAAGACCACCGGGUAUGGAUAUGAAUAAAGGAAUUGGUACUGCGUAUGAAGGUUACGUAAAGAUUCCACGUUUAGGUGGUAUUAAGAAAGGCUGGGUACGACAUUAUAUGAUUGUCUGUGAUUUUAAACUGUUUUUGUAUGAACUUCCUCAAGAUAAAACUGUACCAACACAACAUGUACAACAAGUUAUUGAUAUGAGGGAUGAUGAGUUUUCUGCUGCUGCCGUUUUACCAAGUGAUGUGAUACAUGCUAAUAAAAAAGAUAUACCUUGUAUAUUUAGGGUAUCAACAUCCGAAAUGAAUCCACCAGGUUCACAAUAUCAGAUAUUAUUGUUAGCUGAAAGUGAAACAGAGAAAAAAACCUGGUUAACUGUCCUCUCAGAACUGCAUAAAUUAAUACGAAAAAUCACCCUACCUAAGAAAACGGUUUAUCAGGCCCAGGAAGUUUGUGAUAAUUCUUUAUCGCUGAUUAAAGCGACUUUAUCUGCUGCAAUAUUAGAUUCUUCUAGAAUAGUGCUAGGUACAGAAGAAGGUUUACAUGUGGUUAAUUUAAGUAAAGACCAAUGUAUCCGUAUUAGUAGUGAAAAGAAACAAGUUUAUCAGAUAGAAAUGGUCCCAUCAGAACAUCUUGUAGUCUUUAUUAGUGGUAAACAACGCCAUAUCAAAAUCGUCAACCAAUCGGCUCUCGAUACAACCGCAACUACACGCGAUAACGAAGCAAUGAAAAUAGCAGAAACCAAGGGUUGUCAACUGUUUGCUGUCGGACAAAUAAAACAAGGAACAGUGACGUGUUUGUGUGCCGCGGUAAAAAGGACUAUACAGUUAUAUCAUCUGAGUAAUACGCGGCAGAAAUAUUAUAAACUGAAAGAUAUACCUGUUCCAGGGGUUGUUCAAUACGUAGAUAUAUUUAAUGAGAAAUUAUGUGUCGGCUAUCCAUCGUGUUUUAGUUUACAUAGUGUUCAAGGUGAUGCUCCUUCGUAUACUUUAAUUAAUUAUGAAGAUGAAAGAUUAAAGUUUAUAACAAGUAAUACAAUAGAUGCUAUAUUAGCUGUUGAACUAUCCAAGGAAUAUCUACUUGUAUUUAACAGUCUAGGUGUGUAUGUUGAUGAAAGUGGUAGAAGAAAGAGAAAACAGGAAUUAUUGUGGCCAGCUCUUGUUCAGGCUGUCACCUACAAUGAGCCUUUUCUUGCCUGUUACUCCGAGAAUUCUGUCUUCAUUUUCGAUGCCAGAAGUGCAGAAUGGAUUCAGACACUCUGCCUGAAAAAGACACGCCCUCUGUGUCGUGAUGGUGCUCUUUGUUUGAUGAAUUUACCAGAGUCCCACCAUAUUCUUUAUAUGAAAAACUUCUAUGCACAAGAGGAAAGGUUAUUAAUAGCUGAAUUAUUCAAGAUGAAGAGUAGUCGUAAUAAACGUAGAUUCUCGUUUAAAUCUCGAGAAGAAGAUAGAAGUAGUAAAGGUCCUGAUCGUCGAUCUCGGUUAAUAUCCUCACCUAUCAAUUUUAGCCAUGUGGCUCAUAUGGGACCCGAUCAAAGCAUGCAAGUUUUAAUAGACUUGCCUAAGGCCCAGGAAGGACGAGGAACGACGGAAGAAUUAAGAAUGAAGAGUUUAUUUCAGCCCCAUUUAAAAUCAAUCCAUGAAGCUCAGCUACGAGGUAGUCGACCAGUUAGCAUGGCAUAUAAUGGUAAUGCUAGUCGUGAUGGAGGUCGACCAGGAUCCGGGAGUUCCAGUAUACGGAGUAUGCCACAUGGAACACCAGGAUUACCAUAUGAAUCUAGUUCCGAUAGAGAUGUCUUUGAGGAUAGCCCUGAACAACCAGGCUGGCGGCAUUCUCUUGGUUCGAACAACAGUAGUAAUCUAAGCAGUCCACCCGGAUCAAAUCGUCAUAGUUUAAUUGGUGAUAAGGAACAAGGCACAGAAUCCUCGGAUUCGGAACAAGCUUCAUCUACUAACUUAUAACUAAAUCAGAUUGAUAUACUAUACGCAAACCACCGCUCGCUAGAUUGCCGUAAAAACCACCAACAUCACAUGACGAUUAGAUUAAAAACGUACGAGUGAACUGAUGUGUCAGCAAACUUUAGUAUCAACCUAUAGAAUGGCUGAUUAUUUGUUUUUUGUGGUGAUAAUUUUUUAACUAAUUGUGGAGCUUAAUUGAAAAUCCAGUGAUCACAUGACUAUAAAGUCAAACAAUGAUUGGUUGAGCUUGCUUGUGUUGAGUGUUAGAAAUUUUUUUGUUGGUGCUUUAUUUUAAAAGUGGCAGGAAUUACGGAAUCCGAAUUUGGGGAUGUUUUCCCCGUUUCCAUAGUAAUAUUAUUUAUUAUAAAUACAUGACAAAUGUGAGAAUUGGCACGGAUGUUACGAUAAUGAUCUUUAAAAACUUUAUUUAAUUCCCCCCCCCCCCCUUCAUUUUAUUACUGUCAUUGUUUUCGUAUUUUUGAAUGAAUAUCUUGUAGACGAAUGGUCUAUAUUGUUAAUUUUGUUCGCGUGUGACGGUCUAGAACAGGGGUGUCAAACUCAUUUCGAUUCAGGGGCCACGGGUACUAAAAUUUUACAUUAUGUGGGCUGGAGAUAUACAAUUAUUCUAAAAACAAAGCCAAAUGUCCUUGAGCUUUAUUGAAUUCUUAAAAACAAAGCCAAAUGUUGUUAACACAGGUAAUUUUUAGGCUGGUUUCCAAAUUGCGAAGAUAUGACAUACAACUUAGAUAUCUAUGACAUACAGUACAGAAGUCAGAGUUUUACAGAAACCGGAAACAAUAAUAAAUGAUUUCCACCGCUAGUUUCUAAGAAUUAUCGACACACCACUUUGUUGAAAUUUAUGGCUAG